AUGCAUCAAUCCUUAACCAAGGGUUGCUUGGUUGGUGUUGGUACCGAUAUAGUUUAUCUACCUAGAAUCGCUAAACUUUUAGAUAAGUAUACUUCGAACCGCGAUCGUAAUAUUUCAAGAUUUCACAAAAUUACGCAGAAGUUUAUGCACCCAAUUGAACUAAAUCAACUGGAUACUCUGUUGACGGAAGGUUCUUCCUCUAAAACUAGACUGACCACCUUUAUAGGAGGUGUGUGGGCAUCAAAGGAAUCGACUUAUAAAGCGUUAUCAUGUUUUGUGCCUCAUGAUAUGAUUCCACCGGCCAAAACCAUAUACACAGGGCUCUUUUACAAAAUGAAUGCAAAAAACGGCUAUCCGACGCUGCAAUUUGAUGACAAGUUUCAAGAGAGUCACUUGGCGAAUCAGGAUUUCUACCGAGAUUUCGUGAAGAUCCCUCAGAUAAAGCCGCUAAUCUCAAUUGCACACGAUCAUGACUACCUUGCGUGCUUCGUGAGUCUGAGCUCAUAUGGAAAAGCUAUAGAGAAAUGA